ACAACAAAAACCAUUGAAACCUCGACCAGCGUGACUGACAGUUCACCUGACCUGACGAGGGAAGGACGGUGGUGAGAAGCUUCCUGUGAGUGCAGGUGGAAAAGGGCGGGAGUUUGAGGCGCACCUGACCACAGGCUCCUCCCACCCCAGCACAGACGCUCGUCUCGCUGUCUCGCCUGCGGUUUCGCGGCUUCCUUCAGCGUUUGAUUGACUUGGAUCCAAAAGCCGAGACCCCGAAAGGGCGCGCGGCGAUGACUGCUUGGUGAGAGCCGCAGGGCCACGCGACGUUCACGCCACACACACACACACACAGCUGACAUGAUGGAGGUGGAGGGCAUCUACACAGAAGUGUUUGAGUGCUCUGAGAGGAAGGAGGCCUCUGCUGAAGCAGAUCCUGUGAUGCUCAGCUCCACUCUGAGCUUGGCUCCUCUGGUGGAGAGCUCGCCGUCCGUCCACCGCUCCCAGCCCAUCCGCAUCACCUCCAACAGGAUGAAGGGCAGCGACUCGUACUCCUCCUCUGUUCCCUCCAUUCCCAACCCCUUUCCGGAGCUGUGCAGCCUCGCCAAGUCUCCUCUGCUCAUCAGUUCUCUCCCGCCAGAGUCCAGCCAAAAGCACCUGAUAAAGGUUUACGGAGAGGACAACAACUGCAAGUCGGUGUGGGUUUCUCGAAGAGCCACGGCUCGCGAGGUGUGCCACCUGCUGGUGCACCAGGCUCACUGCAGCGAUCAGGAGAGCUGGGCUCUCUUCGAACAUCAUCCCGCUCUGGCUUUAGAGCGAUGUCUGGAGGACCACGAAGUCGUACUGGAGGUUCAGGCCGCCUGGUCUUUAAAAGGGGACACGAGACUCACCUUCUGCAAAAACUACGCCAAGUACGAGUUCUUCAGGAACCCCACGCUUUUCUUUCCAGAGAGCAUGAUCUCCGACAGCGCUGACGUCAGCAAGGGGAUGACUUCUUCAGAGCUCAUUCAGAAUCUGCUGAGAUCCGGCACGUGUCCUGAGAUCCAGGGUUUCCUGCACAUGAAAGAACCCAGUCGAAAGGCCUGGAAGAAAGUUUACUUCUUUCUCCGACGUUCUGGACUCUACAGUUCCACCAAAGGCUCCUCUAAGGAGCCUCGGCACCUGCAGUGCGUGGCCGACCUGGACAAUCUCAACGUCUACACUGUGGUGAACAGCCGGAAACUCUACGGAGCUCCGACAGACUUCUCCUUCUGUAUCAAGCCGUCCAGAAACCCCACCCGGGUCCAGGACCUGAAGGUCUUGUGUGCUGAGAACGAGCAGACGCGCACGUGUUGGACGUCGGCCUUUCGGCUCUUCAAGCACGGGAAGCAGCUCCAGUCUAACUACCAGCUGUCCAAGUCGACGCCGCGAAGCCUGGAGAGCUCUGCCCCCACAGACCUCAAGGCCGAGUCCAGCCUGGUGGCCAUGGACUUCUCAGGGAAAGCUGGAGGACGGGUCAUCCAGAACCCGACGGAGGCCCAGACUGUGGGGAUGGAGGAGGGUCAGGCCUGGAGGAAGAGAGAGGCCCUGAGGUGCAGUCUGCCCACCGUGAACUCUGCGGCCAGACCCUCAUCCAUCCACAAGAGCCAGCCGUGGUUCCAUGGAGGCGUGUCCAGGAAGGAAGCAGAGAGGCUGAUCGAGAAGCAAGGCUUGGUGGACGGGAUGUUCCUGAUCCGAGGCAGCCAGCAGCAUGAGCAGUGCUUCGUUCUGUCGCUGUGCUUCCAGCUGAAAGCCAAACACUACCUGGUGAUCCCUUUUGAGAAGGGGGGAAGGAAGUACUACACCAUCGACGAUGGCGUGACUCUUUUUAUAGACCUUCUGCAGCUGGUGGAGUUUCACCAGAUCAACAAAGGUAUCCUGCCCGUGUGCCUGAAACACCCCUGUGUCUGCGUCACGCUGUAGCCCCGCCUCCUCUGCAGCCCAGUCGGCUGAGGACGAGCAGCAAAGCACCGAGUGCUUAAAUUGUCAGAACUGUAAGAAAUGGGUAAAUAUGAAGGAUAUUGUCACCCCCCCUCCCCUCCAUUAGUACUUUAAAAGAUUUUCCACAACCUCCACUCCUUCACACGGUGGCCGGUUUGAAUCCUGGACUGCAGGCUGAGUAGGUGAUGGAGCACUUCAUAGAUGUUACUGGCAGAGAGACUUUUCCGUGAACCAGUGGAGCAGCCUGGAAGCAGCAGCAGCCUG